UUUUUUAACCGUCGGGCGCCGCCACAGCUUCCAGCAGAGCAGCUCUAUCAAACGUGUUUACGCCGAUUACCCCUCACAAAAAACGGAUAAAACUUUCACACCAACAUGGAUUUUGACUCCAUGAAAUACGCGGAGUUACGGAGCGUUGCUAAGGAGCUCGGGCUGAAGGCGAACAUGAAGGCCGAUAAACUCCUGAAGGCGAUCAAGCAGCAUUAUCAAGAAGAAAAGAACCAGGAGGAUCAUGGGAAGGAACAAGAAGAAGAGGUCGUAGUUGAAGAAGACGUAACACAGGAAAGAGCUCAGGAGAGGAAAGAAGACGUUUCCAGCAGCGUUGUGUUUGUGAACACACGUCGAGGCAAAGGAAACGGUACCAAGAGAAAAGUCUCUGAUACUGCUACGACAUCUGAGUGUGAUGCAGAGUUACCACCAAGUGCAGCAGAGGUCGACACCGAGGAGGCCGUGUCUUCUGAACCCUGUGAAGUCAGGAGCGCCAAGAAGAGAAAAGUGUCCUCUACCAAGGACUCAGACCGGACUGAAGACGAGCCCCCUAAAGAGGACCAGACCCCCCCGGACUGUGAGCAGCAGCCGGACACCACGGAUGAAGCUCCUGUGGUUGUUCAGACAGCUCCCAAAGUGUCCCGAGGGGGGAGGAUCCCUCGUUACCAGGGCUCCCAGCAGGACAAGAAGAUGCUGCUGAAGCCCGUCACUCCGAACUUCAAAAAACUCCAUGAGGCUCAUUUCAACAAGAUGGAGUCCAUCGACUCUUACGUGCAGCGAAAAACCAAACAGAUGGAGACGUUCAAGACUUCAGUGAAGGAGCUGAAGAAGCUCGCAGACAAAACCAAACUGCAGCGAGCGGACUCCAAACCUCCGGUGAAGGCGAGCAGCACGUCCAUGUUUAGCCCCGCCCCUCCGACUAAAACAGCAGCCGAGGACAGGCGCAGAAAAACUCUGCUCUCUGCCAAUAAACCUGCAGCAAACAAACCGGCGGUGAAGGAAGUCGCUUCGUUCAGACCGUCUGUCCUCUCCACGCGCAGGAUCAACGUGCGGUUUUCAGAAGCCACUCAUGACAACGAGUACAAGAGGUUGAUGGUGAAGACGCCCGCUCGCAUGUCGCCCUGUGUGGCGUCGAGCACCCCGCAGAGACAAACAGCUGACGGAGGAAAGGCCAACAGCGUGAAGACGUCGGCUCUCUCUGCCACCAAAAGCCCAGGAGCGUUUGUUUUCACCGGCAACACGAGCACUUCCACGACGCCCGGGACUCAGAAGAAGGCGAGCUUUGACCUGAAGGCGAGUCUGUCCCGCCCCCUCAGCUACAAGCCUCACACAGGGAAACUGAAGCCGUUUGGAGAAGCUAAAGAAAACCAAGAAGGAAACAAGUCUGUGAUCUCCAACUCUCACCAGAAGAACUACAAGCAGCACCAGGUCCAGACCAGGGGCGAGAGGAGAGCGAAGCAGGCGGAGGAUCGCAAACAGAAGAAGGAGAGCAUGCUGGGAGCGAGGAGAGGACUCGUCAUGAUGUAAAAAAAGAAAAGUGCUCGUUAGUCGACGUUUGUACAGCUCGUUUCCUCCUGUGUAAAUAUUUCACCGUCUGUUUUUGUACUUUUGCGAUCUUUUACCCUUUGAGCUUCUACCUGACGUUUAGUGCAGUGAUUUUAGAUUUGACUCGAACACCUUGAACGAUGCAUGCUGUACGUUCAUGUGAGGAAUGUUUUAAAGUGCAGAUUUGUUGUAAAGAUUUCAUGUUUGCUUUGUUUUAACUUUUUUGGGAGAGAAUGAUAAAAAAUACAUCGAUGGUAAAAUA